UGCUUAUGAUUGGUGUGAGUAAGCCAGACUGUCCUCACGAGAUAUGCACCUCACUGAUGUGGUUAGAUUAUCCUAAUAACUGUUGCACCAUAAGUUGUUAACCACCCACUACCGACGAUCGAAAUUGAGUGUUGCUAUUUGAGUUUUUGAUGGAUUUGAGUCAGUCAAUGGUUAAGGGUUGCAAAGACCUUGAGUGUGGGGUGAAAGGUAUGACCAUUAAAGCACAACUUGUCCUUAGAGAAAGAAACUACUGAUUACAACAAGAGUACAAGGAAAAUUUUGUUUUGUUUGAGUGUUUGAUUAGUGAGUCUCUGGUGUGUCAUUGUUUUGGUUAGUUAUGUGUUUGUGUCUUUUGAGUCGUUGCUUAGGGACAAGCAACAAUUGAGUGUGGGGUUGUGAUAUUCGGCUUUAACAUAUUGAAUUUUUGGACUUUAUGUGAUUAUCCAUGGUAUGUUUUAGCUAAUUGGUUCUAUUUUAAGGCUCCCUAGCCCAAGAAUGGUUGAAAAACCAUUACUGCCUAGUGCCAUGAGUUUGAUGUAUUACAGGUGAAGAAAACACGAAAAAGAAGUUGCACCGGCAAACAAUGCUCUAAUGCUGGGCUUAAAGCCCAGCUGGAUGGCAAUUAAUUGAGAAUUGGCCCAAGUGAAUUUUGGGGCCGGACACAAUUUCUGGAGGGGAAUUAAUUGGCCCAAGGGGGACUAUUUUGGACGCAAGACUUUUGGGCCAAGGGUUUUUGCCAAUUUCUGGGAGGAAACGAAAUUCUCUGGUGGCAAGGGAAAUUUGGGGAGAAUAAAAGGCAGGAGGGAUUUUUACCAAAAAAGGGGCUCGGAAUUAGAGAGAGGCAUAGAAGGCGGCUUGUUGGGUUGUGCGAGGCGGAAUUUGAUUCUUGGAGGGGAGCAGAAUUUUUGGGCGGAAUUCUUGGCAAAAGAAAAGAGAGAAAGCGGCGCAGCAAGGCAGGAGAAAAACAACAGGCGACCAGUCGAUUUUCAAUCGGCAAUUGAGAUUUCUAAGGCUACUUGAGCUGAGUUCAACGAGAGCGAUUAGUUGGUUGGAUUUUCUGAACCUAAUUAGUUGUUUCUUGUUGUUUUAGAACAUGAUGAACAAAACCCUAUCGAUUUAUCUCAAUUUCAUCAUGAACUAAACCCCGAUUUCCGGGGGAAACACCAUAGGAUGUAGCUAUUUCUUGACUUGAUGGAUUGAUUCGUAUUUCAUUUCUUCCAAUAUCUAUUGCAUGAAAUUACUUAAUGCUUUGUGUUGACUGACCACCAAUACAAUGAUUUGUAGUUAAUUAGGUUAUUAGCGACAGUGAAACCCUAAAAACUGAACCUAUUUCAUGUGACAUAGUAACUUAUCGAAGCGACAGUGGAUUAAAUAAGGUGCUAUGCGGUCUUAAAUAGGAUAUCGAUCUUCAGGCUAAAUAGUUAAUUCAUUGAGCUACGACAGUAGGAUUUGAAUUGAUUAUUUAGUACGUAGUAAUUCCCGACAGGGAUAGCUAGCACAUUCGUGAUAUCCUGGCUGUAGAGAUAUGGAUUAAAUUGAUUGGAAUAUGUGAAUUAAUCUGGAUAGGAUAGGUAGUGAAUCCCGGUGUUUCUCCCAGAGCUUUCUCCAUUGAAUUUCUCCCGACAGUUUUCAUUUAGUUAAUUUGUUUAUUUUAUUUUGCUUUUAGAAACUAGUCUCAUUAAACUAUUUUCACUUAUAGUUUGCUCAUAAAUUUGAUAGAAUAUAAGGUUGUACCAGUCCCUGAGAGACGAUACCCGGACUUUCCGGUUUACUACGAGAUAGGAAUUUAAGCAGUACGCUUUUGCCCUAUCAGUAAUGGAGAACAAAUGUUGUGCUUUCCAAUCUUGCAGACAUUCUGCCAAUUUUUCUGCAAUAUCCUUCCCACUAUGACUAGUGAUGGGAACAAAGCUAAUGAUCCUCUUCUGCAGCUUCCAGUCACUUCCAAUGAAAUGAGCAGUUACACACAUGAAGUUCUGGUUGUUAUCAGAAGUCCAUGUAUCUAUGGUGAUAGAAAUUCUUCCUUUGCACUUGGAUUUGAAGAACUCAGAUAGCAACUCUUUUUUCUCCAAAAAGAUUAUAUAACAAUCCUGCCUUAUUGUCUGUCUUCCAGGUAUCACAAACAAUGAUUGGGUUUCCGCCAUAAAUCUCUUAAACCCUUCAUGCUCAACAAAGCGAAAUGGCAGCUCAUCCAAGGUGAUCAUUACAGCUAAUGCAGUUCUAGCUUUUUGUUGAUCAAACUUCCAUGGAGUAAGAGAGCCUACCUCACCAUCCCCAGGCUGAUAAUUCAAUAGUGAUUGACCACUGGCUGCCUUCCUUUUUCUCUCGCAUGCCAAGUGAUGGUUCUUCAUACCAGUAGUCCCGUUAUUGAUCGAGUGAGCUUUUAUCAAAGUUCCACACUGUUUGCAUUUACCAUAUGGGUAGUCAUCCACCAGAGCAUCCUCAUAAUGAUCCCACCACGGGGAUCUCUUCUUCCUUCCCGGUCCCUUCACAUUUUUCUUUGGCUCAACCACUCCAUCCGCUGGCGUAGCAACUGCAGGAGUUGCAGUAGCAGUAGGAGGUGCAUAUUCAAUGCCUGUGGUAGGUGUAGGUGUACUAGAUGCGACAUUCCCUUGAAUCCCUUCUGCAACUCCAACACGGGUAUCCAAUUUUUUGGAAGUAGUUCGAGGAGGAACUGAACCACUUUUUUUCGGACCAUCUCCUUUACGAGGACGAGAAGGUUUUGUCCUAUAACAAAAAGUAAAAUAUCAUAAAAAGUAAAAAUCAUUAAAAUGUCAUUGCAAACAUGUCAAAUAACAAAAACCACCCAACCAUAAACCAUUAAACCACUAUCUUACAUUUUUCACUUUGUUUCUCAAGUAACAAAAAACCAAAAACCGCCCCUCGACCAGUUGACCUUGUGGCUGUGAUCGGCUGUACCACCCCUUGUUUAGUUGUUUUUCACUUUAUUAUAUAUUGCGAUUUGCUUCUGCCUUCUGCCAAAAAUGAACAAUAAAUCAAUAAUACAAAAUUACAAAUUACAAAACAAACUAAUUCUUAAUAUAUUACUUCUACCACCAAAACCGAGAAUCCCAUGCUUCUCUUUCUCUCUUCUCUGCUCGGCAACAAUCUAUAAGAGAGUGACAGUCCAGACUACGAGUCUACGACAAUCGACAGAUGACAAAUCAAUGAAUGGACCAUGGUAAUGGCGAAAAUCAAUGGACCAUGGUAACAACCUACGUACUCGGCUACGCGGCUACGCCAGUUACCUUUCAAAUUGACGGAGAGUCGGAGAGGGCGAGCUGCUGGGCUGUGCAAUCGACGAGGUUCGACGCAAACAAGGACAACGGCGAAGGGCGAGCUGCUAGGUCGUAUCUCUUGGCUGGAGCUUGCGCCAGCGACGAGGAGGACGAAGAAACUACCGCCUACCGGUUUUGAUCGACGACGACGGGAUUCGAUGGAAAUAGGGCAACGACGGAAGGGCUUGCCGGAAACAAAGGCUGGCGGUGAGGAUGACAGCUGUUGGACUAUGUCGUAUCUGUCGCUUGGAUGGAGCUUGACAGCUUGUUGCCGGCGACGGAGACGACGAAGCUACUGUCGGAUUGGAUGAACGGAAGAGUGAUCGGCAGACGGCAAUCGACCAAUCGUGCAGCAGCCAGCAGGAGAAGGGUAGGGCAGCAGGGGAAAUAAAGCGCGAUGCAAAUUCUUAUGUGUUUUGCUCACCGAUCCUAGGGCUUCUGUUUGGAGACUUUGGACUUUUGAUGAGUUGCCAACGUUUGGGUUUGGCGAAUGGCGAGCGAUUUCUUAGUCCAAAUCGGUAUCGGAAUACCGUUCAGCCGACGGUAAUUUACCGGUCCGAGCUCGGUACACCGAUCCCCCAAAUAAUCCAUCCGACUACCGUUUGAUUCGGUUAACGGGUUAACCGAAAACCACCGGUUACCGGUACGGUUAUCGGUUAACACGUUAACCGAAUUACCGGUUAGCAGCCCUACUUGCAGUGUAGCCGGCUUGUAAGAGCUAAUUGGUUUCCUAGCAGUGUAGUCGUGUCAUGGGUACUGAUUAGCUCCCUGCCUCCCUGGUAGUGUAGCCUAGAUGUGGGUACUAAUUUGUUCCCCUCGCAGUGUAGCCGUGUAAGAGUUAUUGAUUAUAAUGGUAAUGAAUGAUGUAUUCAAGUUGUUUGGGAUAAAACGAGCUAAACAAGUUGAAAGGUGGUAUAAAAGAGCAUUCAAGUUGUUCGGAGUAGAACAUGCUAAACAAAUUGAAUUAUGAUGCAAUCAAAUUGUUCGGGGUAUAACAUGUUGAACAUAUAUUGAGGGCAUAGCUAACGGGGUUGUCCGGAAUAUAACAAGCUAGACAUUUUCUGGCAAUGCAAUCAAGCUGUUCGGGAUAAUGACGGAUUGAACAUUUAUUGAAGCCAAAGUUAUGAGGUUGUCCGGGAUAUAUUCCUAUUUAGAUGGUAGACUAAUGCUUCAGGGAACACAUUUUUCCAACUUGCUGUUGCUACCAUCCGAUCAAGCCAAGCCGUUCUUCCGAAAAACCCUCAUCCACUCUCCUGUUAUCCCGAGUAAAUGUGAGACCCGUAAGCCUCCACCUCCCUGCUGGUCUCGACUAGGGCUGAAAAUUGGCCCGACCCGCCCCUGACCCUGUCUGACCCGCCCCUGAAGGGUCGAGAUGUAUAACUGACCCGCCCCGACCCUGUUUCUUUCAUGACUCUGUCUGACCCUUUGGGUCGGGGCGGGUCAGGAAGGGUCGGGUCAGUGAGUCGACCCUAAUAAAUAGACUACUUUUCUAAAAAUUACAAUUUGAUACCUGAAUUUAUUUUUCUUACAUUUUAGUACCUAAAUUUUAUUUUUUUACAAAUAAGUCCCUAAAAUUUGAUGGUAAAAUUACGUUUUGGUACCCAAAAUUUUUAAUUUUUACAAUUUUGUACCUAAACUUAUAAAAUUUUACAAAUAGGUCCAACAUGUUUGUAUGAUGCUAAGGGUCAUAGGGUCAAAAAGUGACCCGACCCUAAAUUGACCCUAUAGACAAACUGACCCAGCCCGACCCUAAGGGUUGGAGCGGGUCGGGGCGGGUCAGUGGAUUUUAAGGGUCAAACUUACACCCCUAGUCUCGACCCCUGUACGUCCACAUCUAUGUAGUGAAGCGAUUUAUUGAUAACCUUUAAUUACCUUGACAUAAUCAACAGUCCUGCACAUCUUACGGACCCUACUCUCCAAUUUAUUUCAAAGGGAGAAGAGAGGAGUUUAUCUCAAGUCAAGUGGUAUAUAUGCUAGAGACAAUGUAUCUUGAGAUGGCGGGUAGAGCCCUAUUUAUAGUUUUUGGGAAGCUCUUUUGGAUGAGAGAACCCCAGUUGCUUGGAAACCAAGCAACGUUGUUUCCCCAAAAGAAAGAGAGGAUAAAAUAUAAAAAAAGUA